UUAAGGCGGGGCUAAAGGAGGAGAUAUAAGUGAGGUCAUUGUCGGGGCUAAAAUUCAGAAACUAGGCAGAACGAAGGGGUUUCAAGCCCUUAACGCAGUCCAGCCAACCAAAGCACUUGGUUGCCAUUAAACAGCCACGAAGACUCUGAAGACUCGAAAGAAACACAUUUUCAUAAACUUUCAAAAACCCGCUGGGAAUUUUCUUUUUGACGGAUCACCCACCUCAGCCGUCCCUUCCUUCCGGCAAACACCUGGAAAUGGAGUAACUGUGUGCUCCAGCUCCACCAACACCACCAGCACACUCCGACCCAAACAGCCUCCACCCGCACCGCCCUCUCAGAACCAUGUCUCAGGACUCGGACCCCAAGCUGUACCACUUCCCCGGUCAGGAGGACCAGGACGGGGCCCGUGGCUGCAGAAGGGCCUCCCUGUGUGGCCCCACACCCCGAGGGCCCGCCCGGCGAGGCUCCAACGCCCAGCUCCGCCGCAUGGGGAGCUACGGCCAGGCGGGGGCCGACCUGGGGCGGGCCUCCGAGGGCAGCGACAGCAGCGGGUCCCUUCGGGGACCCCCGGCGGCCCCCUCCCCCCCGCGGGGACACCGCUCCCGCCAGCUGCCCGAGGAAGACGUGGAGAUGAAGAGCAGCGGGUCGAGCGGGAGCGGGACGGAGUCCCAUGGAGACGAGAGCCGUGGCAACCAGAGCCACGGCAACGGGUCGAUAGGCAGCUCCAACGGCAACAGCAAGGACUCUGCACUGUUGACGUCUUCCGGGAGCAACAAGAGUUCUGCCUCCCACAGCCCGUCCAUUCCCAGCAGCUCCAACGCCUUCAGCCUGCUCAGCUCUGAGCAGGACAACCCCUCCACCAGUGGCUGCAGCAGUGAGGAGUCUGCCAAGGCCAAGACCCAGAAGGAGCUGCUGAAGACGCUGAAGGAGCUGAAGCUCCUGUUGCCGGCGGAGAAGAGGAGCAAGGGCAGCACCUCGUCCACCCUCAACACGCUCAAGUAUGCCCUCCGCUGCGUCAAGCAGGUGGAAGCCAACGAGGAGUACUACCAGCUGCUGAGGACCAACGACGGCCAGCCCUCGGGUGUGGACGUGCCCUCCUACACCAUCGAGGAGAUCGACAGCAUCACAUCCGAGUACACUCUCAAGAACAACGACAUCUUUGCGGCGGCGGUGUCUCUGAACACGGGCCACAUCGUCUACAUCUCGGACCAGGCGGCCUCCAUCCUCAACUGCAAGCGGGAGGUGUUCCAGAAUGCCAAGUUUGUGGAGUUCCUGUCGCCGCAGGACGUCAGCGUGUUUCACAGCUUCACCACGCCCUACCGCCUGCCCUCCUGGAGCAUGUGCACUGGAGCAGAGUCCUCGCCUCCCGACUGCAUGCAGGAGAAGUCCUUCUUCUGCCGUAUCAGCGGGGGUAAGGAGCGGGCGGGGGACCUCCAGUACCUGCCCUUCCGCAUGACGCCCUACCUGAUGAAGGUCCAGGACAGCGGGCACCCGGAGGACCACCUCUGCUGCCUCCUGCUGGCCGAGCGCGUCCAUUCCGGCUACGACGCUCCCAGAAUCCCCACAGACAAGCGCGUGUUCACCACCACACACACCCCGACCUGCGUGUUCCAGGACGUGGACGAGAGGGCAGUGCCUCUACUGGGGUACCUCCCCCAGGACCUCAUCGGCACCGCGGUCCUGCUGCACCUCCACCCCAGCGACCGGCAGGUCAUGCUGGGCAUCCACAGGAAAAUCCUGCAGUUUGGGGGCCAGCCCUUUGACCACUCUUCCAUCCGGUUCUGCGCCCAUAACGGGGAGUACAUCAUCCUGGACACCAGCUGGUCCAGCUUCGUCAACCCCUGGAGCCGCAAAGUGUCCUUCGUUAUCGGGAGGCACAAGGUCCGCAUUGGCCCUGUCAAUGAAGAUGUCUUCGUGGCUCCAGCCCCCAAGCCUGGAGAGACCAAGACCAUAGACCCGGACGUCCCGGAGAUCACAGAGCAGAUCCAUCGGCUCCUCUUGCAGCCGGUUCACAACACUGGCACUACGGGCUACAGUAGCGUGAGCAGCAACGACCUCCACGUCAGCAUGUCCUCCCCAGGAGAGAGUGUGGGCCACAAGGUCCAGCCCGAGGCAGAGGGGGAGAGCAGCAUGACCAAACCGCGUACCUUCCAGGAGAUCUGCAAGGGGCUUCACCGCAGGAAGAGCCAGGAGCAGCAGCUCUGCCUGGCUACCUCCACCAAGCCAGACGCCAGGAGACCCACCCCCACCACCGCCGCAGGCAGCAGCAUAGAUGGGCUCCAGAAGGCCGUGGCUGUGGUGCAGCCGAAGGACUCCACAGCCCCCCUCAGUUGGAGGAAUGCGGGUGCUGUCAUGGAGGUGAACCGGGCCUCCAUCCAGGAGCUGCCGGCCGUCAACGACCAGACUGUGUACUCCUAUCAGCAGAUCAACUGUCUGGACAGCGUCAUCAGGUACUUGGACAGCUGCACCAGCCCCGUCACCAUGAAGAGGAAGUGUGAGUCCACCUCCCUCACCCUGUCCUCCAACUCAGAGGAGGACGAUCAGCAGAAGGACCACGUCUCCUGCCGGGCGUCUGGAGAACCGGCCGUGUUAAAGGAUCAGCCUGUUCAUCGUCCCUUGGGCGAUGCAGACAAAAAACCCAGUGAAUCGACCCCAACCGUAGUGGGCGCCCCCCUCCCUUUACCUGUGCCUGAUAAACCCGAGAGUGUGGUGUCCCUGACCAGCCAGUGUAGCUACAGUAGCACCAUUGUACAUGUAGGGGACAAGAAGCCCCAGCCAGAGUCGGAGAUCAUAGAGGAGAUGACCGACGGGCCCCAGACCCCGGGGCCACACACCAGCGCCGUGGGCGCCCCUCUCCAGGAGAGGGAGUCUUCCUACAAGAAGCUGGGGCUGACCAGGCAGGUGCUGGCGGCCCACACGCAGAAGGAGGAGCAGGCCUUCCUCUGCCGCAUCCGGGAGCUCCGCGGGGUCACCUCCUUCAAGGCCGACUGCUCGCACUACCUGGAGCGCCAGCGGGGCCACGUCGUCAGUGAUGCUGCGCCCGCCGCCCGGACCUACCAGCAGCCCGGGGCCGAGCCGGGGGCCCGCCGCAACAAGAAGACCAAGUCCAAGCGCGUGAAGCAGAACGCGUCGUCGGACAGCACAGUGUCCCACCACCGCCGGCAGCCGCGACGCGCCCCCCUGCUGCUCCCCCAGGGCCUGAACCAGACGUCCUGGUCGGCCUCCGAGACCUCCUUCUCCAUGGCGUACCCGGCCGUGAUGCCCGGCGGCUACCCCGUGCAGGUCGGCCCCGGCAUGGCCGCCGGCGUGGACCCCUCGCUGGCGGGCUACGCCCAGGCCCCGUCCUACGCGCCCGCCCUCCGCCCCGCCCCGUACGAGGAGCCCGUGGUGGCGCCCGUCCUGGCGCUCAUCCUCCCCAACUACCUCUUCCCUCAGAUGGGCGCGGCGGGCCCGCCCCCUCAGCAGCAGGCCUACUACCCGACGGGCCCCGCCGUCUACCCCCCGCCCCACCAGCCCCCCUUCCACCCCGGGGCCUUCGGGGAGCCGCGCCCUUACGGCGGGCCGCCCCCCUACGCGGUGCAGCCUCAGUACCCCCCGGGUCGCCCCUUCGCCCCGCGCGCUCCGGUGUACCAGCCCACCGCGUUCCCCUUCCCCCCGCCCGCCGUGCCGGACGCCUCCAGGUGCUCCUCCACGCCGAGGUCCCCCGGUUGGGGCCAGGAGCCGCCCAGCUCGCCGCCGCCGCUGAUCCAGUCCAGCUGCAGCUCCCCCCUGCAGCUCAACCUGCUGCAGCUGGAGGAGUGGCACCGGCCGCUGGAGUGGCAGGACGGUGCGGCGCUGCCCCCCUGUGGCCUGGGGGGCAACGGAAGCGAGCGGGAGAAAGGAAGGGGGGCAGAGAGGAAGGAGGAGCUUCAGCAGGCGAGUUCCCCUGGCGACGGUAACAACAGCGACGCCACCUCCUCGUCCAGCGACAUGAUGGACAUCUUCCUCCAGGAGGACUCCUGCUCGGGCACCGGCUCGGCCACCUCGGGGUCCAUGGGCUCCGGCUCCAACGGCUGUGACACGUCCAACAGCGGAACGUCCAAGAGCCGGACCUCCAUGAGCAGGACGUCCCGGAGCCAGACGUCAGCCAGCGGGACCUCCGGCAGCGGCAUAGGGAGCAACGACAGCAGCCAAUACUUUGGCAGCGUGGACUCGUCUCAGACCAGCCAGAAAGCCAACGGCCAAUCAAAUGACGGCGAGACCAGGGCCAUCGAGGGGGUACAGAGUGAACACUUCAACAACGAUGUGCAGCGUGUGCUGAGGCAGGACCGGGACAAGCUCCGCCAGCUGCAGAAGAGCCAGCCCCACUUCAGUCAGGAGCAGCGGAGAGAGCUGAUGGAGGUCCACCCCUGGUUGAGAAGAGGCUGUCUGCCCAAGGCCAUAGACAUCAAGCUGUGCUCCUGCUGUAAGGACCCAGAGGAGGCCUCGACCCCCGCAGGACAGCCGUGCUCCGACGGCGUCAACACCCAGACCGAGAUAAGGGAGCUCAGCUGCGUGAGGAAGCCCAGUGAGGGGUCCCAGUGCUCCGCGGGGCCUUCCUGCUCCCGUCUCUCUCCCGGCCCCCUGGCUCCUCCCACUGCCAGCUAGCCCCUCCCCACAGACCCUGAGACUCCGCCUUUUGGCUUUUGCCUAUUUUUAACCAAACCGCAUUCCGAUAACCCCGUUCCGAUUCCGAAGUUCGAAGGCUUACACAGCAGCACAUUGCAUCCUCAGACCAGGAAGUGCUUUAGAAGAAAUGUUUUUAUAUUUUCUUCACCAUGGACUGUCACUGUUGCGUCAGUGUUAUUUGAGCAUGUACACUGACACACUUUAUUUAUUUGACGUCCCUGAAUAUGUCUAUCUAUAUUUUUAUAUUUUUAUACAGAAACGACUUCCUGCCUCAAAAAUAGAUUAAUAUCUGCCAACAGAUAGCACAAGAGGGACCAGUGUAUGAUGUUUUUAUAGAGCUGUAUGCCUCAGCACUGCUGCUGGCCUUCACACUGGACUACAUACUAAAGAGCAUUUAGUCCAGAGUGGGAAUGGCCUCGGAUGAGAUGCAUACAAAAUGCCUUCAUAGAAAACAGCUUGAAUUGAAAGAAUGAUAAAUAAUGGAACACAUGCAGCAGCCAU